AGCUUUUUCUGGCCCGAAGCGCAGCUGCACCCGCCCUUCAAGGCGCGGGGCCGCCAUGGCGGCCCCUGGCGCCCCCACCGCCGCCAGGCUGCAGGCGCCGCUGCUGAGGCCUGCGAAGACGUCAGUUGCGCCCGCGCGGCCAGGCACGCCGCUGUCCGCCGCGAUCAACCUCACGGCCACGGCUGCGGGCGCGGGGAUGCUGACGUUGCCCUGGGCCUUCAUGCGCUGCGGGCCCGGCAGGUGCCUGGGCAUCCUGGCGGCGCUGGCGGUGGUGACGGACGUGUCGCUGGUGCUGCUCGUGCGCGUGGGCCGCGCCACGGGCCUCGUGAGCUUCGGGCCGGUGGUGGAGAGGCUGUUCGGCGACGCGGGGAGCCGCGGGUUCCAGGCACUGAUGGCCUUCAUCCUGUUCUCUGCCCUGACUGUGUUCCAGCGCGUCGUGCUGGACCUCCUCCCAAUGUUCCUGGAGGAGCUGUGUUCGAUGAGCCGGGGCUCGCUGCGACCCAUGGCGGUCAGCGGUCUCGUGAACUGUUGCGUCCUCACGGCGUGCAUGUCCGACACGUUCCACGGACUGCGCUUCUCAUCUGGCGCGUCGCUCGCGCUCCUCGUCCCCUUCGUGGGUGGAUUGCUGUGGAAGGCGCUCGACGCCAUUGCCGACGUCGAGCCAGUGCACCCUCCCGUUGGCGAGGGUUCCCUCCAGGGACUGGCGCUGGCGCCCGCACUGCUCGCCGGCUCCCUGUGUUGCCACUUCGGCAUCAUAGAGAUCGACAAUGAGAUGCAGCCCAAAUUCCGCACGCACAUGUACGGCGUCAUCCACGUGGUGUGCCUCCUGGUGCUGCCCUUGACGUACGCCCUCGUGGGCCUUGCAGGCGUCGCGGCACUGGGCGCCGACACCAGCGAGAACGUGCUGGUGGCCUUCGAGGGCGACAGGCUGAUGCAGUUUGCCCGCGGCCUGCUCAGCGUGACCAACGCGCUUCGCAUGCCCCUCAUGGUGAAGCCGCUGCUGGGCCUCGUCCGAGGGAUCUCGGGUGGCGGCCCGCCUGGAGGAGCCAGCAGGGUACUCCAGGUGGCGGCGCUGUUGUUCUGCUCGCUCGUCCUCGCUCAGUGGAUGGUCGCCCUGACCAGCAUCCUGGGCCUCCUCCUCGGCACUGUGGGCGUGAUCGGCUGCUACUGCCUGCCAGGGUACAUGUACCUGCGCCUGUGCAGGGACGGCGCGGGCGCUGCAAGCGGGCUCCGCGCAGGAGCCUAUCUGACGAUCGCGGUCGGCGCCUCGACCGCGCUUCUGCAGGUUGCGUUCCAGUGAUUCUCCGCCCCGCCUUGUCUCCAGGACAGCCAGCGCGGGCCCCAGAGCUCAGGGCGAUUUUCCGCGGUUUUCAUGCGUAGCAGUCGUUCUCCUACCUCGUGCUGAUCCUCGUAAGGUCGAGGGUCUCGAGGCCGCGCGACCAGGGCCCCCUCCGGGCAGAUGUUAGGAACUGGUGCAACUCCGAGAUCGAGCGCUUGUAAGUCAUGGCGGCGUGUUUCGGACUUCAGGUCCGUGCCAACGGGAAACAGAAUGCAAAUUCCCGCGCGCGUGCCAAGCAGAGCGCGAGCAGAGUAGCUAGACGUGGAGCAUUCGAGGG